UCUGCUCUCUCCUUCUUCAGCCAGUGUUCUCCUAGUUCUAAUUUGGCGGGAAAAAGAUGAGCUCGUCGGCGGUUGAGCCGGAAUCUCCCGAUCUAGUGUGCCAGCUUGACAACGUUCAAGGCGUCGUCGAUGCUCUCACUUCCGUUCGCUGGAAACGCCAACAGGAUGCAGUAUUGGAGUUAUCGGAACACGGCAUAGUGUUGAUUGUUGAGGAAACCGCUUGUCUUCAGGCCAAAGUUUACUUGCAACGAGAGUUAUUUGUUCGGUAUGAAUAUAGCGCAGAAGGGAGGCCGCGUUUUGGAGUGAGCUUAGGGUUAUUUGUUGAUUGUCUGAAUACAUUUUCAGUUCAAGGACAUUCAAGUGCUAUUGAACUACGCUAUCCUGGUCCUGAUAUGCAGCUUCUUCUCAAGUCUGUUGAAUCUUCAGAUUCUUGUACUUAUGCGGAAAUCAGAACAAGGAUUCCUGAUACAAUAUCAUGGGACUACAAUUUUGAACCUGCUGGAAGUACUCCUCUCAGUUUUACUGUGAAGUCUGCAGCUCUAAAGGAAGCCAUUGAUGACCUUGAGUGGCCAGGAUCAAGCAUUCAUCUUAUCCUACAGCCUACACCACCAUCAGUUACAUUUAGAGGUGAAGGCCAUGGUGACUUACAGAUAGACUUUAUGUGUCAAGCAAACACGGAUCUUCUGGUUGCAUUUCAUUGUGACCGGGAAAUCUCUCACAGGUAUAAAUACAAAUUUCUCCGUGCUACAACCUCAAACAUACCCAGCAGUGUCAUCCGGGAUAAUCGAGGAAGUAAACUGACCAUUGGUAGAGGGGGAAUGCUCAAAGUUCAGCAUCUGGUCUCAGUUGCAAAACCAGCAAUACCACACCCGCAUGUCGAUUCUGCCGGCUAUCAGCAACCCAGCCGUAUUGCUUAUAUUGAAUUCUUUGUCAAGCCAGAGGUAGAUGAAGACGAUGCGAAUGAUACAUAGAUGAUAGGAGUCUCUUGCUUAACAAAAUUAGUUGCUAAAUGU